AUGAAUAAACUGGAAAAGCCACUGUCUACCCUGUGGGGUUGUGAACUCCGUGAGUCAAAGAAAGAGGAAACAUUCAAAACAGAUGACACAAACCACCAACAUCAACUCGCACUGAAAACUAUGUGUCUGGGUGCAGGUGCCAAAGAAGAGUUCAACAUCGUGGCGUUGAUUACCGGAGAACCAGAUAACGGCAAGGGCAUACCCAUGGCGACCCUGCACGCCAACGGCAUGCCCACGGUCAAUCUGUCCGGGAUAGACCUGCACCCUCCUGUAACCUUCCAGCUGAGGAGUGGCACUGGACCGGUCUACAUCUGUGGGGAACACGUGGCCUUGGAGGAUGACUUCUCAGGAAUGGAUAGUGGUGAUGAGAUGGAGGAAGAGGAGGAGGAAGAUAUUGAGUCUCCUGUGAAGCCUGUUAAGAAAGCAACUGCCAAGAAUGCAAAUAUUGCAGGCAAAAGAAAGAAGCCAGAGGAAGCAGAUGAGUAA